CUAGUUCAACUUCAUUAAAAUAAAGGGAAAAUGUAGGAGAGUUGUUUACCAAAGAUUCUGAUAUAGAGUAGGAAAAGUUGGCAAACCAUAUUAGCCAGCUGCCAACCUUUUGUUCGCAAUCUUCCCCUGUAUAAAUUAACCUCAGCCUUUUCAUCCCCAACAAGCCAAAGAAAACAUUCUUCUCUCUACAUUUCUAAAUCAUUGUUGCCAAGAACUUUCAUAGAAUUGACCCGAUGGCAGUUAGAUGGAUGGAGGUUAUGCUUGCUAUAGCCCUUGUCGGAACUUUGUGGGCAGGAGCUAAGGCACAAUCAUCUUGCACCAAUGUGAUCAUAAGCAUGUCCCCAUGUUUGAACUACAUAACAGGAAACUCAUCGACGCCGUCUUCAUCAUGUUGUACACAGCUUGCUAAUGUGGUCAAGUCGCAGCCUCAAUGUCUAUGUGAGGUCGUCAAUGGCGGUGCCUCCUCACUUGGAGACAAUGUUAAUCAGACUCAGGCUCUGGCCCUCCCUGGUGCUUGCAAUGUUCAAACUCCCUCUAUUGGCCGCUGUAAUGCCUCUUCGCCCACAGAUUCUCCAUCAGGAACACCAAAUUCUCCUCCUGUAGGAAGUGGAUCUAAGACAGUACCAUCAACGGAUAAUAGAACAUCAGAUGCAAACUCUACAAAGUUGAUGGUGUCUCAACUCUUCUUCCUGCUCUUCAUCACGUCAUAUGCUUCGACCCUGGUCACCAUAUGAUCUCUUGCUACCAUGUGUACUGUUAUACUGUUACUGUAACAUGGGACUCAGAAUAUUCAUUUUGUUUUGGCAUGAGUGAGUCGUGCGCGUGUAAGACAUAGCAUAAUUCUUUUGGGGGUGCAUUUUUGGAGUUGAUCAUAUGUAUACUCCUAUUACCAAUAAAUAAAAGAUUCUUGGUUUUUCAUACU